ACCUUCUUGCAGAAUCAGAACGGGACUCGAGCGGCAGCUGCGCUUUAUUUAGAGCACGCGCGCAGCAGAGCGACCAAGGUGCGUCGUGCAGAGUCUAGUAUGCCAGGGAGAAGAAUGGUGCACCAUGCUGUAGUUCCGGCCCGUUUCCUAUCCCUAACGGCUCAUCUGGUGCUCACAAUAAUGCUCUACUGGUCUCGAGAGCCUCACAUUUCAGCCUGCACCUCGGCCGACGCAGAUGAGAGCUCUUCGGAGUACAAGAGAAAAGACUUACAGUACAUUCCUAUCAAUGGUGUAUUGAGUGGUGAAGUAGCGGCUAUGUCUGCAGGUUGCUGCUGGCUCUCUCGUUCACUCUGCUCUGCACAGCUGUAGAGUUUGGUGGAUUUUUCCUCGGCCUCUCAAUGUUCACAUCUCUACCUUCUAUCUUCUCGAUAACAUCACAUGUCAGUGCCUGCAUAUCACUGGCACUCUUCAUUGUCAAUGAAUGGAGCUGUGAUGACUACUGGUUUAUCUUUGGAUUCUGCAGUGUGCCAUCUUUUAUCGUUGAAGUGGCUGUCAUAUCCUGGACAUUAAAAUGUAGAGUUUUCGUGUGACAUAAUACUGUUCUCCUGUCCUUAUAAUGCAUCUGUCACUGUAAACCAUUUUAUAAUGAAAAGCA